GUGAAGCGGCGUUGUUAUUAUAGGUGUGCUUGCUCAAAAAUGCUUGAUGACCCGGACGAUGAUUCUAUUUUAUUCAUAUUGGAUAUAAUGUUAAAUAUUAUUUUUGGCGUUGGAAUAACAAACAGAACGGGAGGUUUCGAAAUGGGGGCGAAAAAAGGAGAGAAGAUGAUGUCCCGAAGAAACGAAUUAAAGGAUUGGAUUGAAUAUGCAUAAUAGCCUGCAUCUCAAAAAACCCCUUCGGCCCAUUACGAACCAUUUUG